AUGGCAGAAAAUAGCGGCGCCGACAGCAGCAGCGGAGGACACAUUCCGGAGUAUAUUCCUUCCAAGCACGUUCCAUUGACAGACCAGCUAGAAAAGGACAAGGAUGACGAGAGCUUACGAAGGUGGAAGGAGAGCCUACUAGGCGAACUGUCGCUUGACGACAAAGGCAAGCGAGGGGGCUCGGCGGUCGAGUUUUCUGCUGUGCGGCUUCUCGUUGAGGAGCGGGACCCCAUCGUGCUUCCUCUGCCUAAGGACGGCGAGGCCGUGGCGACCCCGGCGAGCUUCGAGCUGAAGGAGCGGUGCAAGUACCGGCUGCAGUUCGAGUUUACAGUCGCGAACGACGUGGUGCUGGGCCUCACGUAUGUCAACACCGUGUAUAAGGACGGUGACCAAGUGGAUACUUCUAAGGAGAUGCUUGGAGCAUAUGCGCCUCAAGCGAAGCCGUACGUGUAUGUGACGGAAGAAGAGACAACGCCUGACGGAGAGGAGGUCCGUGGCAAAUAUACGGCAGAGACUAAGUUUACUGACGAUGAUGGCAAAGUUCACUUGACAUUCUCUUACUCUUUUGAGAUUAAAGAAGACUG